CGUCGCGUCUCGAUGACGUCACAUCGCCGCGCACAUGGAAGGCCCCCACGGCUGAUCUCGGCGCUGUCGGGGCUGCCCCGCGUGGUGCCGGUGCCGUUGAUCCGCGAUGGCGGCGGGUCCGUGUCCGCUGGUUGAGGACAGCUGCAGCCGCCUCCCGUCGCAGAGCAACGUGUUCGGGCUGGCGGCGCUGCCCGGGGCCGGGGGGCUCCUGGCGGCCACGUUGAAGGGCAAAGUGCUGCACUUCCGGUACCAGCAGCUGCGACACAAACUGCGCCCGGUGGCCACGGAGCUGCAGUUCACCUACAUCCCGGUGGAUGCCGAGAUCGUCUCCAUCGGCUGCUUCCAGAAGUCGGCCCCAAAGCGGGGGCUGGUGGUCGGCAUCACCUUCAUUAAGGACUCGGGGGACAAACCCAGCCCCUUCCUCAACAUUUACUGCGACUACGAGCCGGGCUGCGAGUUCGACCUCGACUCGGUGGCACAGAGCUGCCUCAACCUGGAGCUGCGCUUCACCCCCCUGCAGCUGUGCCAUGCUGAGGUCUGCAUUGGGGACAGAUGUGACACCGUUUUCCUGCUGAGCGGCACCGACCCCGGGGUCCAUCUGUACCGGGAGAACGAGGGGCUGCAUCAGUUCGAGGAGCAGCCGGUCCAUGAGCUGUUCCCGGAGCUGGAGGAGCUGCCCAGCAGUGUGCUGUGGUUGGACGUCGUUGCGGUGCCGUUGUCGCGGCGCCGUCUCACGGCCGUGGGUUGUCAGAGCGGGUACGUCCGCGUGGCUCACGUGGACCAGGACACGCGCGGUGAGUGGCGCCGGGUGACCCCAUAGGUGUCCCUAUG